CGGCUCUUCCCCAAGAUGGCGGCGCCCAAGAGCGGCGUGGCUGGGGGAAAGAUGAAGCGGCCGGCGGCGGCCCGCGCUCGCCGCGGCGGGAAGCUGGCCAGGCUGCGGCAGUCGGUGCAGGACUUCGUUCAGGCAGCCGGCGACCAGCCGCCGCUGACCACGCUGAAAGACGGGGAGAGGCAGAACCGCCGGAGCCGUCGGGACGCCAGGAAGGAGAAGCGCAGGCUCAAGCGGAGCCGACGCCGACGCCUUCUACGCGGCGAGCCGGUGGAGGACCCCGAUAUCCCGGCCAAGGCGGCUCCGGCCAAGCCGGCUCCUGCUAAGGCGGCUCCGGCCAAACCGACUGCGGCCAAGCCGGCUCCUGUCGCUCGGCCCAGAGCCCCGACCUCGCCCACCGCCGGGAAGCAGCGGCUGGGGCCGGUACCGCCACCCCGCCCGGCAGCCGCCGCCGCCGCCGCCGCAGCCGCCUCGGCGCGGAAGCGGGCCCUGCUGGAGGCCAACGAGGAGGAGGAGAAGGAGAUCCGGCGCCUGGAGCGGCGGCUGGGGCUGGGCAAGCGCCGCAAGAAGCAGGAGGGAACAGAGGUCGAGAGGGUGCCGCAGAGCUUCCUGAGGGACGGGCUGGGCUACGUGCUGGGCGCCCUGGGCACCCGGGCCGGCCUCAGCCAGCUCUGCGAGAGCAGCGACGAGGAGGAGGCCCCGGCGUCCCGGGAGAAGGACCGGCCGGGGCCGGCUGAGGGCCCGCUGGGGCCGCGAGAGGACGACGAUGAUGAUGAUGAUGAUGAAGAGGAGGAGGACGCCUCAGACCCCUCCGAGGGGGAUGAUGUGGAGGGACAGUGGGAGAGCGAGAGCUCGUCCCCCGAGGACGGCGGGGUGCCUGAGGCCAGCGAGCCCCCGAGCGAGGAGGAGGAAGAGGAGGAGGAGGAGAGUCAUAAUCACAGUGCUACGAAAUAUGUUCCCCCUCAAGUAAGGAAAGUUCAGGAGACAGUAGAUGACAAGAAAAGAGAAGAAUUGGGAAGACUGAAGAAAAUGGUGAAUGGCCUCAUUAAUAGGUUGAGUGAACCGAAUUUGCCUUCCAUUAGUGGACAGAUGGAAGAUCUCUACAUGGCCAACAGCAGAAAGGACAUGAACGAAACUCUGACAGAUAUUCUCAUGAAUGCUUGCGUGACUGCCGUCGCCAUGCCUGCAAGAUUGAUGAUGGAGCAUGUCCUUUUGGUCAGCAUUCUUCAUCAUAAUGUAGGAGUCGAGGUCGGUGCUCACUUUUUGGAAGCUGUGGUGAAGAAAUUUGAUGAAAUCUCUAAAAGUGACGCUGAAGGGAAAGAAUGUGAAAAUCUGAUUGCCUUGAUUGCUCAUCUGUAUAACUUCCAUGUGGUUCAUUCCCUGCUGAUCUUUGAUAUUCUGAAAAAGCUUGUUAGUGCUUUCACUGAAAAAGAGAUCGAGUUGAUUUUAUUUCUUCUGAAAAACGUGGGCUUUUCCUUAAGAAAAGAUGAUGCAUUGGCUUUGAAGGAACUGAUCACUGAAGCCCAGAAGAAAGCAAACACAGCAGAGAAGAAACUCCAGGAUCAGACUAGGGUUCGCUUUAUGCUGGAGACUAUGUUGGCACUAAGGAAUAAUGAUAUGCGUAAGAUUCCUGGUUAUGAUCCUGAACCAGUUGAAAAACUCCGCAAAUUGCAAAGAACACUGGUUCGCAGCAGUGGAAAAGAAACUCAGCUCCGUGUCUCCCUGGAAUCUCUCCUCAGUGCUGAUCAGGUUGGUCGCUGGUGGAUCGUAGGGUCUUCCUGGAGUGGAGCACCAAUGAUCAAUGAUACAGACAAGAAGACUCAGCAAAAACUGCAUAUAGGAAAGGUGAGUUCAAAGAUAAUGGAGCUUGCUCGUAAGCAGAGAAUGAACACCGAUAUCAGGAGAAGUAUUUUUUGUGUCUUGAUGACAAGUGAAGACUUCCUGGAUGCCUUUGAAAAGCUUCUCAAGCUUGGACUGAAAGAUAAGCAAGAGAGAGAAAUUGUUCAUGUUAUCAUUUACUGCUGCUUACAGGAGAAGACAUAUAACCCCUUCUAUGCAUUUUUGGCUGACAAGUUUUGUCAAUGUGAAAGACGAUUUCAGAUGACAUUUCAGUUUAGUCUUUGGGACAAAAUCAAAGACUUAGAAAACCUGUCAGCUGCUGCUGUCUCCAACUUGGUUUCGCUGUUGGCACACUUACUAAGGACAAAAUCAUUGCCACUUUCAGUUCUCAAGGUAAUUGAAUUCAGCGAACUAGAUAAACCCAAAGUCCGUUUCUUGCGACAAGUAUUAAGCAUGUUGUUAAUCAAAACAGACCCUGAAGAACUUAGUGACAUUUUUGUGAGGAUAUCUGACAACCCAAAUCUGGGAAUGCUACGGGAAAGCUUGAAACUCUUCCUUACCCACUUCCUACUGAAAAAUGCACAAGCCCAAAAAAGUCCUGAAGAAGCUAGCUUAUUAAAAGAAAGAGUUGAACUAGCCACCAAGGCUUUGGAAGCAAAAGAACCCAAAUUGAAGCUAUAGUUCUGUUUUUCUAAUAAAACAGAAAAAACUGAGUCUGUAUGAAGAUGCAAAGCUUUGUUAUUCUUUCAGACCCAAAUAAUUGAGAAUGAGGAGAGCCUUGUUACUCUAAAGGAUCUACUUUUUGAUUUAAAGUUACUUUGCUUUAUGCAUUAGUUACAGGGUUAAUCGAAGGUGAUAGAAGGCCUUUUU